AUGGGAAUGAUAGGUAAACCAUUGUUUGAUGCUGAAAACAACAUGAUACAUGAUGGAAAGUAUGGUCUUUUUCCUUUUGUAAAAUAUGAAAGGGUCAAAAAGAAAAGCAAGAAUAGAGAUGCAGGGACUCUAGAGACAAAGGCAAUUCAAAGUGUCACAAAAGAAUGCAUAAGGGAAAUGCUGCUAACACAUGUUAUCCCAACAAUCUAUGCAAAACGGCCAGAGCAGUUACCAAAGGACAUAAUCAUCCAAUGGGAUAAUGCCAGGCCUCCUCAGGUACCAAAGGAUGAAGAAUUUCAAGUAACUUUUCAUGCACAUGAUUUCAACAUUCAAUUCAUAUUCCAACCAGCUCAGUCACCAGAAACAAAUGUUUUAGAUUUAGGGUUGUUUAGUGUCAUUCAAUCAUUACAAUAUCAAUCUUUUCCAAGGAAUCUAGAUGACUUAAUCAAGGAAGUGGCAAGAGCAUUUCAAGAAUUUGAUCCUACACUAAAUAAGUACACAUGGAUCACACUUCAAUCCUGCCUUAUUAAGAUUCUGGAAAAGCAAGGGGGUAAUAACUUCACUCCCCCACACAUGAAGAAGAGGACAGCCAAGGGCUACUACCUCAACUACUUCAAGUAG